AUGGCCGGACAUGGUGUAAAGAAGAUUGCAAAAAUACUUGGACAACCAAGAAUCAUUGUUCAAGAUGUAAUUACAAAAUACAAAGAAGAGAAUCGUACAGACUCUGCUCCCCAACCUGGGCCAAGAAAGAAUAAUAUGCAUUAUAACUCAGAAGAAUCGUUUAUUGAAAGCCAAAAAGCCUCUGAUAUGGAACUAAACCUAUACUUCCCGUAUUGUAGACAUUUUGUUUUUAUGAAACUUAUCAGACAAACACAAACUUGGACACCUGACUGA